AUGCAUACGGUCGCGGUUUUGGCUCUGUUGAACUUGGUUACUCCGCCAGCGAUUGCGGUAAGUUUGCUCAAGGUGCCAUUCACGUCAACCCUCAUUGCGAAUUCUUCAGCCGUCUCUGACCCCACCACAUCUACGACUAACGCCGUGCUAAAGGUUGUUACCGCGGUGCAAGCCGGAAACAACCAGACAUGGCAAAAUGUACUGGUCGACACCGGGAGCGCACUUCUCUGGGUUGGUGCCGGGACAGAACAAUACGCACCAGGCCCAUACACUGACCUAAUUGAUCAGACUUUCAGUGUUGGAUAUGGUGGAAGCGAUGUGAAUGGCACUGCGUAUGUUGACCGUGUCACGAUCGGCGCCGCCACCGUGAACUCUCAGAUCAUAGGUUCUGCGGGUUUUGUCAAUGACUUCACUCUGGUGAAGCCCUUUGACGGAAUCUUGGGCCUUGGUCCAUCGGGAUCCAAUACUGGUGAAGUAUCAGGAUACAAUAGCACUGCAACGUUCGUGGAGAACCUGGUCUCUCAGGGAACUAUCCAACACCCUGUCUUCGGUAUGUAUGUCAGUCCCCUCGCUGAGAGUGGUGUUCUUGUGAGCUCUGGGGAGAUCUCAUUUGGUGGAAUUGAUGAGACACGUAUCAGUGGUGAUGUUGCUUGGCUCCCGCAGAACCAACCUAGCAACUUUCACUGGGAAUUCAAUUCAUCCAGUCUGACCUGGGGUGAUGAAUUGCUUACUAGCGGACAGAUAUACUCGCGUACAGAUUCCGGAGAGUUGGGCAUCGGAAUUCCAUUCGACACAUUCUUCUCUGUUCUUCAAUCUGUCCCUGGUGCAGUAAUAGACUUAUCCUCGAAUCUGGAUGGAUUUUUGGUGUUCCCUGGAAACAUGACCGUAGAGUCUCUCCCAGACAUGACCAUUGGUAUUGCCAAUCUGAAUUUUACCAUUCCUGCAAGCAAAUAUGUGGUUCCUUCAAGCCUCUAUUCAGCAUUGAACAUCUCUGACAGUGAUUUGCACACUUGGAUUACUUCUGGUGGACCUGAUUUCUUCCUAUUGGGACAGAAGUUUCUCGAGAAUGCAUAUUCUGCAUAUGAUAUGGAAAACCAUCUUGUUGGCUUUGCAUAUCUUGCAGCGUAG